AGGCGAGCACGAAUACCCAGUUGAUGUCAUCUCCUGCAAAACAGCCAGCUGACGUUUUUUUUUUUUCAAACAAAACAACAGGUUGAAGUCUGCCCAGGUAUGAGUCAAAGAGUUCUCGCAGGUACACUGCGGCGGUGGGUCCUUCUUCUGAGAGUUCUUGCGUAUAGGCCGUGAGAAAAGCUGACCAAGAUUCAAUACAGACGCAUUAACGAUUUAAGAGAGGAGUAAAGUAACAAAUACAGCAGAAAGGAGCUGGAAACCAACAGUGGAUUCGCUGUGGCAACUGACUGCGGCCUUUCGUUCUUGCAGAUUACGCAAUAAGGAGGGACAUCUUGCUGGCUCGGCACACCUCUCGCAGGCAGUGUGAUGGCAGACGGCCCCGAUAUGAGCACCAUGUUGUCCGACAGCAACCACAUGGGGAAGGACCUGAGCCCGGUGGACUUCAUUCAGCUGCAGCAGUACAUGGACUACCAUAGCCUGAAAGUGAAGGAUGUGAUGAAGGAAUUAGAAACUGAUGGUAAAUUGUCCCAGUAUAGACAGGGCGAGUCUAUCAAUCAGGAAGGCUUCCGGCUCUUUCUGAGCACCUACUUAGAGGUGGACGACUUCCCCAACGAUCUCUGCGACCGCCUCUUCUGCUACUUCCAAAACUCAGAGCCUGAGGCCGACGUGGCCGACAGUCCGACACCAAAAAGCGUGUUUCUGAAGGACGUGUCCUGCUACUUCUCUCUCUUGGAAGACGGACUGCCUUCCAACAAGCUGGAAUUUGUUUUCAAACUGUACGACAAAGAUGGCAAUGGGUUCCUCGACAGCUCGGAAGUGGACCGCAUUAUCGCCCAGAUGAUGAGAGCUGCAGACUACCUGGGGUGGGACGUGACCGAGCUCAGACCGGUUCUCCAGGAAAUGAUGACUGCCAUUGAUGCGGACAGCAGCGGUACGGUGUCCCUGCAGGAGUGGGUGGAGGGCGGCAUGAACAACGUGCCCCUGCUGGUGCUGCUGGGACUGGCGAUGAUCCAGAAGGAUGGACAGCAUUUGUGGAGGAUGAAGAAUUUCAAGAAGCCUGCUUACUGCAACGUGUGUCAGAACAUGCUCCUGGGACUGCGCAAACAGGGCUUACACUGCAAAUGCUGCAAAUACACUGUCCAUGGACGCUGUGCCAACAAGAAUCCCGCCCCUUGCGCUCACACCUUUGUCAAGUCCAAAGAAGAAACAGGGGUCGCUUUUCACGAUUGGGUCUCUGGGGGCUGCAACAGCGGCAAGUGUGCCAGCUGCCAGAAGAAAAUCAAGAGCUACAGGAGUCUGACGGGCAAACACUGCGUGUGGUGCCAUGUCAAGGUUCAUGACAAGUGCGUGUCCCUGUUGCCCACUGAGUGUGACUGCGGGUGUAACCGGGACCACAUCUUGCCCCCCUGGGCCAUCUACCCCAUAAAGGAGGAUCCCAUGGCUGUGAAAGCUCACUGUCCCGGUGUCUCAGAAAGCAAGGACGUGCACAACUACACUGCUGAUGGCCAGCUCCUGCAGAUCAGCCCAAUUCCAGACACACACCCCCUCCUGGUGUUCGUUAACCCCAAGAGUGGGGGCAAACAAGGCAAGAGGGUUCUGCGCAAAUUCCAGUACCUGCUGAACCCUCGACAGGUGUACAAUCUCUCCAAUGGAGGGCCUGGGCCUGGACUGAAAUUCUUCAAGAACCUACAGCAAUACAGGAUCUUGGUGUGUGGAGGGGACGGCACUGUUGGUUGGAUUCUGGAUGCCAUAGACAAGGCGAAGCUGCGGGUGUCCCCCCCAGUGGCCGUGCUGCCCCUGGGCACCGGGAACGACCUGGCGCGGUCCCUGGGGUGGGGGGGAGGCUACGAAGGAGCGGAUCUGUCUCAGAUCCUGAAGGAGAUCGAGAGCAGCUUGCCGGUUCUGAUGGAUCGCUGGAGCGUGCAGGUGAUCCCCGAGGACAGCCAGGUGAUCGGGGAUCCCGUUCCCUAUGACAUCAUCAACAACUACUUCACCAUCGGAGUGGAUGCCUCGAUUGCCCACAGAUUUCACACCAUGAGAGAAAAGCACCCGCAGAAGUUCAAUAGCAGAAUGAAGAACAAGCUGUGGUACUUUGAGCUGGCCACCUCUGAGACCCUCUCUGCCUCCUGCAAGAAGCUGAAGGAGAGCGUCAGCAUCGAGUGCUGUGGGAAGCCGCUGGACCUGAGCAACCUCUCCCUGGAAACCAUCGCCGUGCUCAACAUUCACAACAUCUACGGCGGCUCCAAACUGUGGGGCAAGAGGUCCCAGGGCAAGGCGGGGCAGAAGCUGCCAGAGCUCGUCACCGACCCCAGCAUUCUGAAAGAGAGCUUCCAAAACCUGAGUGACAAACGGUUGGAGGUGGUGGGGCUGGAGGGGGCGAUGGAGAUGGGACAGAUCUACACUGGACUGAAGAGCGCCGCACAGAAAUUGGCCAUAACCUCACAGAUCACAAUCAGGACGAAUAAAGCACUGCCCAUGCAGAUCGAUGGAGAGCCCUGGAUGCAGCCCCCCUGCACCAUACAUAUCACACACAGGAACCAAGCUGUUAUGCUCGCAGCCCCCCAGACAAGAUCCUAGCCUCGUCAGCCACGAGUAAACUCUGCCCCACAUCGGAGACCCAAAGAUUGACCAAGACUGAAGUACGCGAAUGUGAGAGAAGCUGUUCAUCAACCAAACUUUUUCAAUGGGGGGGGGGGGGGGGGGGGGGGGGUAGGGGGGCAUUCUGGGAGAUGUUGGCAGUCAUGAUAAAACAAGUGUUAAGUAGUGGAUGAGAGAAUCUCGUAUUUACUUUGCAAAGUUGCAGUUGUGGGAUAAACUGAGUACUGUAGGUACAGCCAUUUCUGACGGCACUUCAGAGCCUUGUAACCCUCAGUGUUGGAGAUUUGCGCGUGUGCUGGCGUGUUCCGUUUUGCAGUCUGAAUAGACUUUAAGGCUAAUGAAAAGCCCUGUUUUGUCAGCAUUUGCUUCAGUUUCAAAGCUGAAGCUGAUUGCAGACUUUUAUUUGUGCUUCUGCUAGACUCGGCCUGUUCUAAGGGAGGGGAUGUUCAAUGCUUCUACAAAAAUCUAUUAUUUCAGCUUUCACACUGUGUUAUGAUCUCCAAAUGCUUUGCAGAUAUAUUUGUCGAUACGCUUUUUCAAAUAAUCACUAAUAUAGUCAUUUCUGUAUUAAGUAUUCAGGGUUUUUUUUAUUCGUGAAAGGACUGUGGUUACUUGAGUUAGCACCCAAGAGCAACAUAUGCUUUAAAGUCAUGUUAACACAUUUUCAAAACUGUAUGUUCCUGAGUGUUUUUCUAAAUAAAAUAUGGUGAAUCCUUCACUGAAACA